AUGUUCUCACUGUCUCUGAUCGCGAGAUGUUGCGUCGCGGUGCUUGCGUUCGCUUCAAGCUGUCAUGCAGUACCUUCUGACCCUUCAUUCGCAUUUGCGCCUCUAUCAAUCAGGCAAGGUCAAGCAGUUGAUGCCGCAAUCGCAUCUCUCAGAGCGGUCAUUCCAACUAGGAUCCUCGCCGUUCGGGGUACAGCUCUCUACGAUGAACGAAACGACUCAUACCUCGCGGCUCAAGUAAGUGAGGUCAAACCGGUCCUCAUUUUCCUGCCAACAUCCAAAGAGCAAGUUGCGUUAUUCAUCAAAAUCAUCAAGCCAUUUGCAGUCGUGGGGAUUGUGCGCUUUGCUAUUCGUGGCGCUGGUCAGAUGCCAUUGCCCACUGCUGCGAAUAUUCAAGAUGGAAUUACGCUCGAUUUGGUUAAUUUGAAGGGGAUUUCGCUGGAUACUUGUUCGGUUACAGUGGCUGCUGGAGAGAUCUGGGGGAAUGUUUAUUCGAAGUUGGAGGGUACGGGAUAUGGUGUUGGAGGAAGUCGAUCUGGAUUGGGUGGAAUUGGAGGUCUUGCGACACAAGGCGGCCUUUCAUUCUUCUCUUCUCGUGAAGGUCUCAUUGCCGACAAUGUUCUCAACUAUGAAAUUGUUCUUGCGUCCGGGGAAAUCGUAAACGCCAAUGCAAAGCAGAACUCAGAUCUCUGGGUUUCCUUAAAAGGUGGAAACAACAAUUUCGGAGUAAUCACCUCAUUCACCCUGAGAACUUUCAAGCAGAGUCCCUUUUGGGGAGGAAGUAUUUAUUACUUCUCGGACAGCUUCCCUGGUCAAAUCGAUGCUUUGGUGGGAGAGAUCAAGAAACCAAAUCCAAGCCCAGAAACUCAACUCAUGAUCAGUAUUGGUUACUCUUCUCAAUUGGGCGGUAUUUUAUGUCAAAACCAACUUUACUACACCCAAAAUGUAACUUCAAACCCACCAGUCUUGAAGCCAUUUACGGAUAUUUCACCUCAAAUCGACUCCUUGAACUCUAUGAGACCUCUCACGCUCAAGAGUGCGGCUUCAGAACAAGCGGCCGACGCACGCAACCAACUUCGUACACUGUACAUGAAUACCAUGAUCAAAGCAGACGCCGCAACCCUCAAAGCAGCCUCAACCUACUACACAACCGCAAUCUCAACCAUAACCUCCGUUACUGACCUUCUCGGCUCCCUAACUCUCCAACCAUACCCUCUAUCUCUCCUAAACCAACAAGCUCCCAACGGCGGCAACGUUCUCGGCCUCGAUCCAUCCUCCGGUCCUCUCGUCUCCAUCCUCCUCUUAACGUACUGGUCCAACCCAGCCGACGACGCCCUCGUCUACACAACAAUGAAGAGCGUACUCGACAAAAUCAAUGCCGACGCCACGGCACGGAAGACACUUGUGCCCUUCAAAUUCAUGAACUACGCGACGAAGAGCGAUGAUGUUAUUUCCUCGUACGGAGCUACGAAUAAGGCGAAAUUACAGAAAGCGAGUAAGAAGUAUGAUCCACAAGGAUUGUUUCAAACUGGUGUUCCGGGUGGGUUUAAGUUGUUUAAAUGA